AUGUGUAUUCAGACCGUCUCUGAGAAAAAAGAAUCCCAUUUUUGGGAGCUUGUUUCUACAGAUCCAAUUAGUCUUCUUGAUACAGCGUCAAAACUUUAUGGAAAAUAUCUUUUGCAGAAACUAGAGAAUUGGGCAUCUUUCGGAGACAGGUUUGAUCAUAAUUUCAGACAGGUCAUCUCCGAAGAGGCUGGAAACAGCACGGCCAUUGAAAAACUACAGUCAGAGCACAUGGACAGACAACAGCACAUCAAGGCCUUGGAAAAAAGGCUAGAGGAAGUUCAUGAUCACCUUCAAACCAAGUUAAAAGCUCUAGAUGCUAUUCAGGAAAAAAAUGCUAGCCUGCAACAAGAAAUUGAUUCCCUGAAACGCGCAUGUGGUUAUAUAAAAGGUCCAUGCAGAACAGAGGCAACGCACUGCCGACUGUCCCUUACUCUACUCCAGUUGCAGCAGAACUCAGAACCGAAACCAACCAUCACAUCAAAGCCUUUGGAGAAAGUAUUCUAUUCACGGUUCAUGGAAUCCCAGUCUGUAGCCAGCCUGUCCCCUGGAGAAUUAUCAUCCAGAGUCAACAGAUUACCUGAAAUAUCACUUUCUGCACUAGAUAAAAUUUUAGCUCCCAGCUGCAGCUAUAUGCUACAAAAUCGAUGCACUGUGUGGCCCAUCUCUUCCAGCCUCGAAACCAAUAUACCCAGUCAGGAAAGCAUCCCAUAUUUCUUUAUGAAGGGCAGGGAAACCCCCUCCUUGCUCAGCCUCAUAGAGAAAGCAGAAGAGAAGCUGGCUCGCACAGAACACUUCAGUUCCUCAGCAUGCAGUGCUAUUGGGAACCUUAAAAUUGUUGAACUUCAUCCAAGAGGCCAUUAUGUGAAGAUAAUUAACAGUUCUCCCAACACAGAAGAGGAUAUUGGAGACUAUGUACUACAGCAGAACGUUAACGGGCACCCAAUAUCAACAUACAAAUUCUCCCCAAGGAUCAGAAUGAAAGCUAAUUCUCAAAUAAAAGUUUGGGCAGAAAGUUCUCAAAUGAUUCAUCAACCUCCAACACAUUUUCUAUGGAAAAAUCUCGACAAGUUUAUUUUGGGCCCAGAGUGUACCACCAUCCUCUGCAACCCUUCUGGGCAGGCUGUUGCUUGGUACAAUCCAAUAAACCGAAAGCAAAAGCAGACAUUGGAAGGGGAAGAGGAUGUUGGACUCUUUGACAGCCUUAUGCAGUGCUCUUUUCUAAGUCACAAGCCAAGGGACAGAUGGGAACUUAAAUCACAUGACACAGUGCAGGCAACAGACCCCCAAAGUCCUGCCGAGAAGAAAACAGAAUCAGAAUUCAUUAUAAGAAGAGAAAAGACACCACCUCCGUUGUACCCAGUCCAAAGUCCUUGGUGCCGAAGUCCAUACACUCCUACACAUCCUCAUUACUCGCUGGAAAGACAUUUUCUAUUGAGCACUAGAUCUCAAUCAACACAACCAGACCCAGAUCCUGAUGUUCCACGUACAGCGCACAGUCAAGGCAGGAAAGUGACAUCAGGAAGCUGUAAUGGGAAAAGAAGGUCAACUCGAUCAGCAGGGCCUAAUUUGGGUGGCGUGAUUUAUAUCGGAUCCGCUAUGCCUAUCGGCUCUGCCUUACAGAAGUAUUUUGCCCAUUCAUCUUACCACUUCAGGCUCCUGGCCCAAGCUUCUCACACUCCCAUUAACUUUAUCUCGUGCCUCACAGAGGAUCAAUGA